AGAGGUCACAGUCAGUUGGCGUCCAGAUGCCGAGGAGACAAGACCUGCCAAAUGUACUAACGUUCUGAAAGUAAUAUUGUAUCAUUGUUAUUAUUUGAAAAGUUAAUUACCGUGUGUUUAUCUGUGUGUCGGGUCAACUUGUUGUCAUGCCGAGGGGGCUGUUCGCGCCUCCUCUUCAUUGACAGAUUGUGUAUUGUAUUAACAUUCAGUUCCUUUGAUUUUCCGACAACAGAAGAAUAUCCCGCAGCCAAACUGAUGCUGAAAACGGCUUUCUGUGGCUGCUGUUCACUUCGAACUGGUUCAGUUGUUCUUGGAGUUUUGUGGCUUCUGACAGAUCUGGGCCAGGUGAUCACCUACAGUAUCGACCUUGCAACUAUGGACGAAGAGGAUACAGACAAAGGUGAACGGCUGGGAUUCUUCGUGGGACUGUGUAUCAGCUUGCUACAUCUUGUCGGGAACAUUUUACUGCUGCUUGGAGCUGACAAGGGCAAGUCACAGUGGGUGAAGUAUGCAGUCAUGAACCACUUCGUUAGUCUGGUGAUGGCAGUCAUUUCUGUAAUUGCGCUAACUCUAUUCUACAUGCGAGUGACUGUACUCUUCGCUGGCCUCAUUGUAACAGCCAUCGCUGGGUACUGCUGGCUAAUUAUCUAUAGCUUUUACUGGCAGCUGAUAGAGGUGGCCAUGACGGAAACCCACACGCAACUAGAGACAAGUUCUCUCACCAAGCCAACAGAAUACAGAAAAAAUCUCGUCGACGAAGAUAAGCAAUCGACAUCGAACCUUGCUUACUAGUUCUGGGAUAAUGUAACAAAUAUUGUGCUUAUUAAAUAAUUAAAAUAUUUUACUUAUUCUUAGUCCGAUUAGCAAAUAUUGGUUUAUACCUAAGGGAGGUACCUCACUGUGGAUGCUGUCAACAAUAGAACUGUAAUUACACUUAUAUCCUGCCUGGCCAGGGAACAUUGUUUCCUGUGAGCGCCCUAGCGAAUGUUACUUUUCCAUGAUGGUAUAGAGCAGGCAUGUCCAGCUUCAAACAGAUUGUGAUCGACUUUUUAGUGUCAAAACUGACAGUGAUCUACC